AUGGCCGAUCGUGAUUGGAGACCUUUCGUAUAUGGAGGUCUAGCAUCAUGUGCUGCUGAAUUUGGUACAUUUCCAAUAGAUACAACCAAAACUCGACUCCAAAUCCAAGGGCAAAAAUUUGGUGCAACUCAUGCCAAACUUCGAUAUCAUGGUAUGAUUGAUGCUUUUUUUCAAAUAUCAAAACAAGAAGGAUUUCAAGCUUUGUAUGCAGGCAUAGCACCAGCAGUUUUGAGGCAAGCCACUUAUGGAACGAUAAAAUUUGGAACUUAUUAUUCGUUAAAAAAACUAUUUAAACAAAAUGAAGAAGAUUUGGUGGUGAAUGUGGGGUGUGCUAUUGUAGCAGGAGUUAUUUCUAGUAGUAUAGCUAAUCCAACUGAUGUUUUAAAGGUUAGAAUGCAAGUCCUAGGUGUUCAAAGAAAUGGCAUUGUAGCAUCAUUCGCUGAAAUUUAUAAACUCGAAGGGAUUUUCGGACUUUGGAGAGGCGUUGGUCCCACAUCUCAAAGAGCAGCAGUUAUU